CCUCUCGGUGUAUUUUUGUUGUCACACCGGCAGCAGAGUAGUGGCUGAAGUAGUGGUAGCAGUUGUUGUGGUUACAGUCUUAUAUUUUAAAGAUAAUAUUGAAAUAAUAAUAGUUUAAAUAUUACAACAACCGGCAAACAUAACAUUUAACGUAUUUAAUUCAGCUUUAAACUCGUAGUGUUUAAAAUGUGUCGGUUUCGUGGAGUCGCUGUCUCGCAUCAAUAAAGACCCUCUCAUCAAUGGCUACGCUGUGGUCUAAAAUCUCUGCUCUUCUGCCCCUUAAUGAGGAACAGUUUCUACUGCAGUUCAGUGACAAAGUCGAGUCAAGUGUGGUGGAUGUCCUGAAACGCUGCAGGCAGCAGCUGUACCAUGACACUACAAGCACCAGCCGUAUGCUUAACGCUCAGAUCAUUUUGGAUUUUUCAUGGGAGAAGCUCAACACAGGAACGUGGCGCCAUGUGGACAAAGAGUGGAGACGUGUUUACUCUUACGGCUGCCUGUUCAAAGUGGCAGCUCUGUGUCGGGAUGGUCCAUCAGAGGAUGAGAUCCUCCAGGCCGUCAGGACUUGUGACAUGGGUUUACUCAUGGGUGCAGCCAUCAUGGAUAAUAUACUUCAGGUAAUCAUUGGGAUUCUGCAGAACGAAGUCAGAAAAUCCUCUAAAGGAGAUGACGAAACUGAACAUGCUGAGGUUAAGAGAAUAAAGAUCGAAAGCCCACAUGCUCCUGUGAUCAAAGAGGAGUUGGCAGUUCCCAGGAUAAAGUGUCCGUCACUGGAGAGCUUCAACGCCAACUACUUGCUGCCCCUCAAACCUGUGAUUUUAGAAGGGGUCAUUGAUCACUGGCCUGCCCUCAAUGAACACCCCUGGAGCAUAGAAUACUUGAGGUCUGUGGCUGGUUGUCGGACCGUUCCCAUUGAAGUGGGGUCCAGGUACACAGACGAGGAAUGGUCGCAAACGCUGCUUACGGUCAAUGAAUUCAUCGAUCGAUAUAUUUUAAAUAAAGAUGAAGUGAAAGGUUUGGGUUAUCUGGCUCAGCACCAACUCUUUGAUCAGAUACCAGAGCUGAAGGAAGACAUCCGCCUCCCUGAUUAUUGUUGCCUUGGUGAGGAAGAUGAAGAUAAUAUUACUGUAAACGCAUGGUUUGGGCCCAGAGGCACAGUGUCUCCUCUUCACCAGGACCCUCAACAGAACUUCUUGGCCCAGGUUGUGGGAAGCAAAUACAUUCGCCUAUAUUCCCCGGAGGACACAGACAAACUGUACCCUCAUCAAUCACAGCUGCUUCACAAUACCAGUCAGGUGGAGGUGGAGAAUCCAGACGCAGAGCGGUUUCCGGAGUUUGCUAAGGCUCCGUAUCUUGAAUGUGUGUUACAGCCCGGAGACGUGCUGUUCAUCCCCGUCCAACACUGGCAUUAUGUCCGAUCCUUGGAGCUCAGUUUUUCUGUCAGCUUCUGGUGGUCAUGAUCGAAGAUCCACAAUAAAAAGCAGUAAUUUUUCUAGCA